AAAUAGCCCGAGGUCUUACCGACUUUCUGGAUCCGGACAAUGGCCCGUGCCCUGGCGCAGGACUCGAAUUGUGCUUCAGGUGCUGCCCCUAAAAUCUCGUCGCCCUCCGACCACUGUCGCUUCUGCCGGGCAAGUCCAGGAUGCAACUGGACACAUGGAUGCUACCGAAUCCCAGUGUACAGUGGGAGAUACUGAGUAACUCGAAGAGGGACCUGCCAGGCUAUGUCUGUGACAAUGUACGUUCAGGACAUGCCACUGUAACGCUUAUUCUGAGCAUCUCUUGGUUCAAGUUUGGUUCAAAUUGCAAACCCUGCGUUGCAGACCCAUUGAAAUGUGUGCCGAUGACAUGGGCUCAACAACAUGAGAAAAUAGUUAUGAUGCAUUAAGGAACUGAAACAGGACACAAAGCUGUCCCCAGAGGUCAUCAACUAUACCCAACAACCACAACAAAGGCUGGACAGAAACACACCAAGAAGUAAAACCUGGCUGGGGGUGGGGGUGGGGAGAAGUUUUCGUUUUUGAUGUCACCUGUAAAUGAUUUGUGUUUCAUUGUUUUCAUUGUCAUGCCCUUCCAUAUUUUCCUGCCCUUUCGACUUUCUACAAGACACCUCAGGUGUACUCCAUUCGUUAUAGGAGUUUUUCCUAUUCUGAAUAACAUUUGGUGAACCGUGUGUUAUUUUCCCCCUUCCGAAAGCUAAUAAAUUCAGGCAUGAGAAUCAGAGUUGUACAAGGAUCCAGCUGUGGCCAGGUUCUUAUUCAGGCUAUUUCAAAUGACUACUUCAGUUGACAAAGUAACCGAAGAAAGUAGACCCAGCUGAAAUGCAACAGUGUGAAAAAGCCAGACCCUGGGGCUUCAGCUUUCUACUACAUUGCAAAUUGAGUUACAACCUACCUAGCUCAAGAAAGAAAGCUACAUUUGCAGCUACUGCUAUGGGAGAGAGACGACAAAGUGAUCUGACUUGCCCGUUAAGUGCCAAGUCACUCUGAAGCCACACAACACCCCCAAAAUGAAAGCAAGGUUACCUUUGCGGAAGAGGAAGGGCCCGAUGGCACCGUGUGUCUCCUGGGAUUUUGCUCGCAUCGCCUGGAAGGUACUCUGGGCCGAGAUGGUUUUUAUUUGUGCAUCGGUUAGAGAGAAACCAAGGAAUUCAGAGAUCUGUUUUAUUCCAACAACCAAGUUCUGGGGGGAAAUAUUUGAAAGACAAACACCUCUCAGUGGGAUUUGCUGAGGCCACGACUCUCUUACAUCAGCAGUGUCCGUUUAUUUAGUUUUGAGACAGCUUGUUAUGUACCACGGGCUGUCUCUGAACUCCUGCCCCUUUUACCCCUUCCUGGGCUGAGCAAACCUUCGUCUCAGGCAUGGAUGGGGAAGUAGGUCUCUCUUCCUGCACUCUCCUGGCUCCAACCCAUUCUCACACACCAGCCGCAACCAUCCUCUCACUCCUCUGCUCUGGGUGAAAGCCAGUCACUUUACAGUCACUUUAGGGGGCCUGCUCUUCUGUUCCUCACUUUGUUACCCAGCCACGUGACACACACGACCCCACUCACUCCACCUGCCUCUUCUGUGCAUGCUAAUCACCCCCAAUGCACUGCUACCUGGGGUCUGUCUGUCUGUUUAUCCAUCUGUCUCUGUGUGUCUGUGUGAAUCUGUGUGUCUGUCUGUGUGUCUAUGUGUGCGUCUGUCUCUGUAUGUGUCUGUGCCUCUCUGUGCGUAUGCGUGUGUGUCUGUGUGUGAUGUGGUGUAUGCGUGCAUGGUGUCUGUGUGUGUCUGUGUCUGUCUGUGUGUCUGUGCAUCUGUCUCUGUAUGUGUCUGUGUCUCUGUGUGUAUGCAUGUGUAUCUCUGUGUGUGGUGUCUGUGUGUGGUGUAUGUGUGUGUGUCUGUAUGUCUCUGUGUAUGUCUCUAUGUGUAUAUGUGUUUGUGUGUGUGGUGUUUGUGAAUGUGUGUCAGCUUCUUGGCCUUUUGGCUAAGAUCAAGUAUGAGUGUGUGUCUGUGUGUGCAUGUAUAUCUAUGUAUAUUUCUCUGUGUGUGUAUCUCUGUGUCUCUGUGUGUGUGUGGUGUAUGUGUGAAUGUAUAUCUCUAUGUGAGUGCCUGUGUGUCUAUGUGUAUGUGUAUCUGUGUGUGUACAUGUGUGUCUGUGUGUGUGGUGUUAAUGAUUGUGUGUCUGUGUGUCAGUGUGUGUGUGUGUGCAUGCAUGUGGCGUAUGUGUAUGUCUCUCUGUAUGUGGUGGUGUACAUGUGUGUCUGUGUGUGGCGUAUGUGUGUAUCUAUGUCCGUGUGGUGUGUGUGUGCAUGUGUGGUGUGUGUGUGUCUCUGUGUGUCUGUGUGGUGUGUGUGUGUCUGUGUGGUGUGUGUGUCUCUGUGUGUCUGUGUGGUGUGUGUGUGUCUCUGUGUGUCCGUGUGGUGUGUGUGUGCAUGUGUGGUGUGUGUGUGUCUCUGUGUGUCUGUGUGGUGUGUGUGUGCAUGUGUGGUGUGUGUGUGUCUCUGUGUGUCUGUGUGGUGUGUGUGUGUCUGUAUGGUGUGUGUGUCUCUGUGUGUCUGUGUGGUGUGUGUGUGCAUGUGUGGUAUGUGUGUGUCUCUGUGUGUCUGUGUGGUGUGUGUGUGUCUCUGUGUGUCCAUGUGGUGUGUGUGUGCAUGUGUGGUGUGUGUGUGUCUCUGUGUGUGUCUCUGUGUGUCUGUGUGGUGUGUGUGUGCAUGUGUGGUGUGUGUGUCUCUGUGUGUCUGUGUGGUGUGUGUGUCUCUGUGUGUCUGUGUAGUGUGUGUGUGUCUGUGUGUCUGUGUGGUGUCUGUGUGUCUGUGUGGUGUGUGUGUCUGUGUGUCUGUUGGUGUGCUCCCACUGCUUUCCUCAGCUUGGAAUGUCCUCCCAUAGCUACUUACUUGGCUCACACCCUCAUUCCAUCCCAUUCUUUAAUCAGUCACAGCUUCUUCUUGGCAACUCCUCAACCAUUAUGCUCUUGGAUUGAUCCAGCCUUCCAACUGUCCAUUCUUCAGUUUUCCUUCACAUUCUACACACAGGUCAACCUCCUUGUGUCCAUUACCACUGGGCAUAACGACCUUUAUUCUAGAAGCUUCUCCAGGGCAGUGAACCUUGUUUAGAUUUUUCACUGAUGUAUAACUUGGGCCUAAAGCUGUGCUGAGCCAUCUCUGACUCUAUGUUUGUUAAGUGAAUAAACAAAAUCAGUCUCUCGAAAAAUCACAACCAAAUGCAUGUUCGAUUAAAUUAGCUGAGACCUACCUAUUGUUUCUUCAAUCGCUAACACAGACUGUCCAUCACAGGCAGGCGAGGACGCUGUUAUUAAGCUGCAAACAUUACUUUAUUUGCUAAGUAAACAAAUUAAAAUCUUAUAUAUAGUGGGCUUUUUCUAGUUUUGUGUUAUGUAUCUAGAACUUUUUUUUAAAAAAAUUGUACACAUUGUUAGCUCUCACAACCAGACAUUCUAAAUACAUGCUC